GAGAGAGAGAGAGAGAGAGAGGCUCUGAAGAUCUUCACGCCAAAUUGUUUCAUCCAAUUGAUUCUCAAUUCACAGCCCCUUUUCACAAUUUUGGCCGAGUGUUCAGUUCGUCAGUCAUGGAUUCCACCGCCGAUAAGCUAUCGCCGUUUGAUUUGAUGUCCGCGAUCUUGAAAGGGGUGAAGCUUGAGAAUUCCAACGGGUCCGCGGAGGCGGCGCCGGCGGUGGUGGCGAUGAUUGUGGAGAACAGGGACCUGAUGAUGAUGGUGGCGACAUCCUUCGCCGUGCUCGUGGGGUACUUCCUGCUCGUGUCGUGGUGGCGUGCGGCCAAAUUGGCGAAGAAGAAGAAGGCGGAGCCGGUGAAGCUGGUGGUUCCCAAGGCGGCGACGGAGCCGGAAGAAGUGGAUGACGGGAAGAAGAAAGUUACUAUAUUCUUCGGGACUCAGACUGGCACUGCUGAAGGCUUUGCUAAGGCAUUUGCUGAGGAAGCUAAAGCCAGAUAUCAGCAGGCCAAGUUUAAAGUAGUCGACUUGGAAGCUUAUGCGGCUGAUGACGAAGAGUACGAGGAGAAAAUGAAGAAGGAGACAUUGGCCUUCUUCUUCUUAGCCACAUAUGGUGAUGGUGAGCCUACUGACAAUGCAGCUAGGUUCUACAAAUGGUUUGUAGAGGGGAAAGAGAAGGGAGAUUGGCUUAAGAAUCUCCAAUAUGGUGUGUUUGGUCUUGGGAACAGGCAAUAUGAGCAUUUCAACAAGAUUGCAAUUGACGUGGACAAAAUUGUUUCGGAGCUAGGUGGACAACAGCUCGUCCCAGUGGGUCUUGGAGAUGAUGACCAAAGCAUUGAAGAUGACUUCACUGCAUGGCGCGAAUUGGUGUGGCCCGAGUUGGAUAAACUAUUACGCAGCAAGGAUGAAACGACUGAAUCUACUCCAUACACUGCAGCCGUUUUAGAAUAUCGUGUUGUGUUCUAUGAUGACCAAUUGGAUGACUCUAUUUCGAGCAAAAGCUUAGCCAACGGUUAUGCCAAUGGCAAUUCUGUAUAUGAUGCUCAGCAUCCAUGCAGAGUGAAUGUUGCGGUGAAGAGAGAGCUUCACACUCCUGCAUCUGAUCGUUCUUGCACUCACUUGGAAUUCGACGUAGCUGGAACUGGAUUAGCGUACGAAACAGGUGACCAUAUUGGUGUCUACUGUGAAAACUCGGUUGAGACUGUAGAGGAAGCAGAGAGGCUUCUUAACUUACCGCCACAGACAUUUUUCUCAAUUCAUGCUGAAAAAGAAGACGGGACGCCACUUGGCGGAAGCUCGUUGCCACACCCUUUCCCUCCUUGCACUCUAAGGACAGCUUUAGCUCGAUAUGCCGAUCUUUUGGGUGCUCCCAAGAAGUCUGCUUUGAUUGCUUUGGCGGCCUAUGCUUCGGACCCGAGCGAAGCUGAUCGGCUCAAAUUCCUUGCUUCUCCUGCUGGAAAGGAAGAAUAUGCUCAGUACAUAGUUGCAAGCCAAAGAAGCUUACUGGAGGUCAUGGCUGAUUUUUCUUCGGCAAAGCCUCCGCUUGGUGUUUUCUUUGCAGCGAUUGCUCCUCGUCUGCAACCUCGAUUUUAUUCUAUUUCAUCCUCCCCAAAAAUUGCACCAUCAAGAAUCCACGUGACUUGUGCACUGGUGAAUGAGAAAACACAGACAGGACGAAUUCAUAUAGGUGUCUGCUCGACAUGGAUGAAGAAUGCGGUGCCUAGUGAGGAAAGCCUCGACUGCUCGUCUGCACCAGUUUUUGUUAGGACCUCGAAUUUCAAGCUCCCUUCUGAUACUAAAGUACCGAUUAUAAUGAUCGGUCCUGGAACUGGCUUGGCUCCAUUUAGGGGUUUUCUUCAGGAAAGAUUAGCUUUGAAGGAUUCCGGUGCUGAAUUGGGUCCUGCAGUAUUAUUUUUCGGAUGCAGGAACAGUAAAAUGGAUUUUAUUUACGAAGAUGAAUUGAAUAACUUUGUCAAAGCUGGAGUUAUUUCUGAGCUUGUCCUUGCCUUCUCGCGUGAGGGCCUGGCUAAGGAAUAUGUACAGCACAAAAUGACACAAAAGGCUUCGAAUGUGUGGAGCAUGAUCUCCCAAGGAGGGCAUGUGUAUGUAUGUGGUGAUGCUAAGGGAAUGGCACGUGACGUUCACCGGACUCUCCACAACAUUGUGCAAGAACAGGGAUCAUUGGACAACUCGAAAACCGAAAGCUUUGUGAAGAAUCUGCAGAUGACCGGAAGGUACUUGCGUGACGUGUGGUGAUCAUUUUUUCAAGAAAAAAAAUAAAAUAAAAUAAAAUAAAAGGGUUGUGAUUUAUAAGAUCACAAAUACUACGCAAUGCACGAAAAUGUCGAGUAUAUUUCCACACCCUAUAAGCAAGAAGAGAUCCAAGACAAAGAGUAUUGUAAUGUUAGUUCUUUGCUAUGCUUUAAGUAAUUAGUUUGUAAAAGGGAUUCUUUGAGUUCUUGGGCUCUAAAUAUGCACCAUAUAUAAUAUGUAUUGUAAAAUAUUACAUAAUAAUUUUUUGGUAUAUUGAUAGUAGAGU